UCUUCUUCUUCUUUAUAUUUAAGAGUAGUUCUUUCAGGGAUUAAACUAUUUGUUUGUAUUAUAUUUCUUGGUUGGUUGAUGAUAUGGGUUAUCAUGCCAACAAAUACUUAUAACAAAGAAUGGUCCCCAAAGCUCCAAUCUGCAACCACUUCUACAUACUUUGGCUCGCAAGGGACCAAUAUACUGAUUUACACUUUCCCUAUAUUGUUCAUUGCUGUUCUUGGAUGCAUUUAUCUCCAUUUAGCAAAGCAAAGUGGUCACACUUAUCAUGGUGGACCUUUGAGCAAAGUCCUGCAAGCAUGGAGAAGACCAUUCUUACUGAUGGGUCCUCUUGGGGUUAUUUCUGCAGUAGAACUAACAUUUUGCUUGAUGUUUCUUGCUCUCCUUGUCUGGUGUUUCUCAAUGUAUCUGAACAACACACUCUCGCAUAUCAGCCAAAACUCUACUGAGAAUGGAGAGAAACUAUGGAUGGUUAAGUUAGGGGAUGUGUCAUAUUGGUCUGGUUUUGUCGGUCAUAUUGCCGCAGCAUUUCUCUUCUUUCCAGUGGCUCGAAUGUCAUCUCUCUUGCCUCUCAUUGGCCUUAGCUCUGAAGCCAGCAUCAAGUAUCAUGUAUGGAUUGGCCACAUUGUCAUGCUUCUCUUUUCUGCUCAUGGAUUUGGUUUCAUCAUUGUCUGGGCUGCCACAGGCACUCUCUAUAAGUUGCUAAAAUGGGAAGCAGUAGGAGGAUCUAUAAUUGCAGGGGGAUUAGCUUUAGUCUGUGGUUUGAUAAUGUGGAUAACUGCUAUUCCUCGCAUUCGCCGCAAAAUCUUCGAGCUCUUUUACUACACUCACCAUCUCUACAUUCUCUUCAUCGUCUUCUACAUUUUACAUGUGGGAGUCUCAGCCUUCUGCUUAAUACUUCCGGGUGUAUAUCUCUUCUUGGUUGAUCGAUUUCUCCGAUUUCUGCAAUCUAGACAGAAAAUUAGGCUUGUUUCAGCCCGCCUUUUACCAUCUGAAGCUGUUGAGCUGAACUUUUCCAAAAGCACAGGGUGUUGCUAUUCUCCAACGAGCACAGUGUUCAUUAAAGUUGCUAAUUGUUCUUCACUUCAAUGGCACCCAUUCACAAUAUGUUCAAGCAGUAGUUUAGAACCAGAGAGUCUCAGUAUCAUCAUAAAGAGAGAAGGAAAUUGGACAAAAAAUCUAUAUCAGAUACUCUCUUCACCUUCUUCACCUCAAAGACUUGAUGUUUCAAUUGAAGGUCCAUAUGGUCCUCCAUCUUUGGACUUCCUAAGGUAUGAUUCCCUAGUAAUGGUAAGUGGUGGAAGUGGAAUCACUCCCUUCAUUUCAAUAAUUCGAGAGCUUAUUCAUAGAAGCAAAACUCAAAGAAGUCGAACACCUGGUGUUCUUCUCAUCUGUGCAUUCAAAACAUCGGCUGAGCUCUCAAUGCUCAAUCUUCUUCUCCCGAUCUCCGGCCAAGUCUUCAACCUCUCCAGCCUUGAGCUAAGAAUCGAGGCUUAUGUGACACGAGAUAAAGCUCUCAUUCCCAAUGCCCAAAACCUCAUCCGCACCAAAUGGUUCAAGCCUAUCCCUUCAGACAGUCCUAUAUCUCAUGUUCUUGGACCCAACUCUUGGCUAUGGCUUGGUGCAGUAAUUGCCACUUCCUUUAUUGCAUUCCUUGUUCUCCUUGGCAUUCUGACACGUUGCUACAUUUACCCUAUAGAUCACAACACUGACUUGGUUUACAACUAUUCUAAAAAGUCCAUGUUGAACUUGCUCUUCAUUUGUGUCUGCAUUACUGCUAGCUGUACUGCAGCAGUGCUGUGGAACAAGAGAGGAAACUCCAUUGAACUGAAGCAGAUUCAAAGCAUGGAUUUUCCAAGUUCAUGGUCUUACAAUGUAGAUACAGAGAUUGAGAGUGUUCCUCAUGAGUCAAUUAUUCACUCCAUCAAUGUGCACUUUGGUGAAAGACCUGACCUCAAGAAGAUGUUGUUGGAGUGCAAGGAGUUGAAUACAGGGGUGAUGGCUAGUGGUCCUCGGAGGUUGCGCCACGAAGUUGCAAGGAUAUGUUCAUCUGGUCUUGCUAAUAAUCUCCACUUUGAAUCCAUUAGUUUUAGUUGGUGAUGAUAAUCACCGUAAUCCCAGCAAGAGAUGAGUUAUAGAGUGGAGGAGCAAUUUUCUUGUGUUCUUGUUCCUUGUGAUGUAAAAUGUUACAAAGUGAUCAUUCGCAAAUUAUGAUGGAACUGA